AUGCAGUCUGGACGCAAAUAUUCAUAUCCUGAGCCAUUGUCGGAAAGUGAGAAAAAGCACUUCAGCAAGUAUGGGAAAACUCCAGGUGGAGUCAUACUAAGUCAAAAGGCCAAGAAACAAACGCAAUUUGACUCUGGUGACUUUGCUCUGUCUGCUGCUCAUCGAGCAACUUAUAGCGACGCUGUUCAAAUAGGCGAAGCCCAUUCCAAUCACGGAAAUGUUUCACAUCAUUAUGCUCACAUUCCAACUGCCAGUAAUGUUGAGGAGGAUGCCACCCGAGAUACGUAUAGGAAAAGUGUAAACCCUGAAGGAACAUCUCUCCAACACUCAAGUAUUGAAGAUGACGAGGAUGCUACAAAAAAGGAGGACCAGGAUAGUUAUGUGUGA